GUCUUGUCAGAAUGAACGAGCCCACUGUUACAUUUACUCCAGACGAGGUACAACACUAAACGCUCUUCCACAACUUUCUGUCGACCCAGGUUUUCUGGAGGAUAAGCGACCAACUUGCGGUUAAACAUUGAAUGUGGGGUCGUUUCGGGGGAGGACAAAGUGUUACGCAGUAGGCUAGUGUUUUUCUUCAUCACCCGGUUUCAGAUAGUGUCUUUGAUAUUGGCCAACGCGCCUCUCUUGCCCCUUCUCUUGGGGUCGCGUUCGUCGGGGAUUGUUGUUAGUUCACCAAGGGGGUGUAGCCAUGGGGGAUGUUAUUUCCACUCACCUGGACGAGGGCAAGCGGGAGAUGAUUACAGCUCGUGCCAGGCAGGUGAUGGGGGAGUUUGGCCAUGUGUACAAGGAGCAGUAUGCUGUGGCCCUCUUUAACACUGUCCGCUUUGAGAUCGAGGGGGGAGGAGGGCCCCAGUCACAGCUCCUGCACCGCAAGAAUCCUCUAGAAGACCACUCCAUCUUCUCUGGGGGUCUGUUCCAGUACUUGGAGGGGAACAAGAAAUGGAGAAACCGCUUUGUCUUCGUGGCCGACACAUAUGACGUUAGCUUCUACGAGAACAAAGUGGCUCACGAGAGGGGCUUGCACCCUAAAGGAACCAUCAACUGUGCCGGAUACAAAGCUCUGACCUCCAUGGAAGAGUACCUGGAUCUGGUCAGCACCAGCCUGCCAGGUGUAAAGGCUAAAGUGGGCAGUGGUCCAUUUGUCAAGGGUGCCACCCAGUUCCCCCUGAUCCUGUGGCACCCGUACGCCCGCCACCACUACUUCUGUGUGCUGACAGAGAAGGAGCAGACGAAGUGGCACGCUGUGCUCCAGGACUGUGUCAGGCACAGCAACAAUGGUCUGUCAGAGGAGUGCAGGGUGCAGACCCCUGCCUUCACAGAUGCAGUGCGGCUCCACAGGCAGGCUCAGGGACACUACGGCACCUGGGACAUGAUGUGUGGAGGGCCACCACAGAUCCUAGCCAACCUAGUGAUGGAGACCCUCUACCCAGAGCUGAGGAAUCUGAUUGGUCCUCGUCUGAAGGGGAAGAUACAACAGAGACAGAGGAACUGGAUGCUGAUCUCUGAGGCGGUGUAUAAGCAGGUGUUGUCUCAGACCCAGGCCCAAUACGAGGCUCUCGUCCAGGCCUGUGAGGAAGAGACGCCCCGUCUCGACGCCGCUCUACGUACAGACAUGGACCAGAUUAUCACCUCCAAGGAACACGUCAGCGGCAAGAUCCGCGGUUUGGUGUUGCCCAGGGCAGAGCAGCUCCUUCGGCGCAGCGUCCAGCCCUACGUCAGCUCCAUCCUGGAAGCCUUGAUGGAGCCCACCAGCAGAGGCUUCUCCGAGGUCCGAGACGUCUUCUUCAGAGAGCUGGUGGAGGUCAGCAAGAACACGCUCAACGGAGGGGGCAAGGACAAACUGGGGGAGCACAUGGAGAAGAUCUCUAUGCUGGCGUUCCACCCGGUGAAGAUGCAGAGCUGCUAUGAGAAGGUGGAGCAGCUGAGUCUGGAAGGGCUGCAGCAGAGAUUUGAUGUGUCCAGCCCCUCUGUGUUCGUCCAGAGGGCUCAGAUCCUCAUGAGAGAGCAAAUGGACAAUGCUGUGUACACGUUCGAACAGCUGCUGCACCAGAGUCUGGAGGAAAAGGACCAGAGAGGAGAGAACCUGUGUAAGACCAUCCAAUGCUGCCAGGACAGAGUGCUGAAGAAAUAUGACUAUGACAGUAGCACGGUGCGUAAGAAGUUCUUCAGAGAGGCCCUGCUACAGAUCAUCAUCCCCUACAUGCUGAAGCAGCUGGCUCCCUCCUGCCAUCCGGACCUCUCUCCCUUCCAGGAGCUGAUCUUUGAGGACUUCUCCCGGUUCCUCCUGGUGGAGAACAUGUUUGAGGAGGUGGUGCUGCAGUCUGUCACCAAGGACAUCAUGAUGGCUGUGAAAGAGGCGGCAGUCCAGAAGAGACACAACCUGUACAGAGACAGCAUGAUCCUGACCAACAGCGACCCCGACCUCCACCUGCUGGGGGAGAGCCCCACGGUGGACUGGUCCGCCCAGUUCGGGGACGGGGGUGAGGAGUCUGACGAGUCCCCAGAAGGAUGUGGCCGGGCCAAAUGGCGGCGCAGGCAAGUGGUCUCCAUGAUCAAGCUGGACGGGAUGGGCCCGCUGCCCUACGAGUCGUGCUUGGAGGUGCCGGGGGUGGAUUUCAUCCCCGAGGAGGGGGAGAUGGAGGGGGUGGAUUUCUUCCCCGAGGAGGAGGAGGAGGGAGCGACCCCCAUGGAACCAGAGCCAAAUUCCCCAGACAACGUGCAGGAGAUCCGUUACCUCAUCAAUCCGGUGGUGGAGAUGGUUGUCCCGGCCUCAGAGGAGGACUUGGCUGUUCUCACCAAUGGGACAGAGCCGGGGACGCUGACGCUAGAGGGCGAAGAGGAGGAGGUGACGCUCAUCACCACCGUGGUGGAGGAGGUGCACAGGAAGUCACUGCAGUGGAAAAGUGCCCCACAGGAAGUGAGCAAGCAGCUGAAAGAAAGAGGUCCAGACCAGAAAGCUGAGGGGGAGCUUCAGGAAAAAGGGGAGGCAGCUAUUGAGGGAGAAGAUGAGGCUAUCGAGAAUGCCAUACAGGAAAUAGAGAUGGCGGUACAGGAAGAGGACGAAGACAGGAUAACGGAGUGUGCCGUAGACUCUGACGCUGAGCUGGCCCCACCAUUGGCUGACUCCAGCCCCCGGCAGCACGAUGACAGCGGCUUCCAGUCACUGACCAAUGAGGCCUUGGAUGAGGGCGAAGCUCAGCCAAUGAAGGAUGUUGUGAAAACAGAGGACUCUCUAACCGAUCCAGGUGAGGUUGAAGUGAUUGUGGAACAGGGAAACGCUGCACUUCACGACAACUCUGAGACCAGGGAGGACUCUGAAACUGACAUUUUAUAUGACAUUUGAAUGGGAAGACGAGGGAGAAAAUGUCAUUUUUUUUAAACUCAUUUUCAUAAUCUCCAGCACAAUACCAGUGUCAACAUACCUGAUGAUAUCACCAAAAGUGAUGUGGGGAGCAAGAAAAUACCUUCCCUUGGGCUAGAAACUUAUUGGAGGUUUUGAAAAUCCUUUUUCUGACUUUGAAUCUUACCCUGUGGUGUCACAGAUCAUAGCAAGGCAGCGUUUUCACAUGUAGACACUGGUAUGGUUCUGGAGAUGACGAAUAUGAGUUGGAUAAGUUACUUUACACUACAGAUGCCCGUGCGUAAGGGCCUUCAGGAUAUGUUUAUAGAGACGCAUGGCAGGGUAGACGUGGAACACUUUAUGGUGCAUGGGAACACACUCACUGGUCAUUGCAUGACCUCUUACUGAGCACUAGGAGGCACUGUAAGCUGGCUUUUGACACAAACAGCUCUGUUUUACCUCUGUCAUGCCAUCUUACUGUAAUGGGCAUUGUCGAAAACAUAUCAUUAUAGAGAUUCAGCUAUCGUUGCAUUCAGGGCCUGGGAGCUCUGCUUUUUAACAUCUUUUAACAAUGACUUGGCACACUAGUGUAUAAAGUCAUCCAGAGUGAUUUUGUCUUGAAAUAAGUUUAAGCCUCGUUUUUGAACCAUUUAUUUUUAAAUUUUCACAAGCAGCCUUCUGGUAUCUUUUCACAGUGCAUGACGAGGCACUUGCUUACUUCCUACUUUUCUGUCUGUUCCAGUUGACUAACACAGCCACUAGUGUUAUCAUAGAUGCUCGAGGUCCUGCGUCAGCCAUGAGCACGUUUAGUUAUUACUAAAGGGACUUGCUCUGCUGAUAUCUUGUCUUGACUGUGACGCAUCAGAAUCUCUCGCUUGCAUGUGGGAAUGUGUUGUGUUGACAGCACGCUAUGUACCUUGUCAUGAAGAGGCCUCUGUCAGUCUAAAUCAAAUGAAAAAUGAAGUUGGCUUUGAGUGCAGAUCCGUCACACCUUACUCUUUGUCCACAGACUCCUCCGGCCACACCAAGGGAAUAAACCAAGUCUAUAUUUGUUUAUUUUACCCACUCUUCAAAAUGAGGGAUUUUCGAUUUAUGAUGAUUUUCUAUCCAUGCUAUGUUUAUGGCCACUGUAUAUAUUUGUUCUUAACCAGGCUGAGUUUGUAGUCUUGGGGAAAAUAGGUCCAUGUAUCUCCGUGACCUAAAAGGAUAGUUCACUCAGCCUUUAAGACAGAGUCCUUCUGUUUCCUUCCUCUAUUUAUGACAAAUACUCUGUAUGGUGCCCAAUGUGUUAUCCUCUGCUAUAGUCUUAAUUUUGUGUAAAGCCCUACGCAAGAGCUUUUUUAUUGAUUUGUAUGACAGACUAUACUAAUGGAUGAAUAAAUAUAUUGUUUUCUAUUUCU